AUGGCAGCUGUGACGGAGAGCCUGAGCUCGUCCUCUGCUGCCUGGUGUGUGUUCUAUGGUGCCGGAAUCAUUUGCACCCUGGUCGUCUAUGGCAUCCUCCAGGAAGGCAUCAUGACUGUGGCUUAUGACGGAAGCCUCUUCAGAUAUUCCGUUUCUAUGGUGCUGUGCAAUCGGCUGGCGGCGGUGGUGUUCGCGGUUUCCAUGGCAGCCGCAAAGGGCGAGUCCAUGAAAAACGAGGCGCCGCUGUGGAAAUACCUCAUUGUGUCUCUUUCCAAUGUCUAUGCCAGCUCCUGCCAGUACGAGGCCUUGAAGUACGUGUCCUUUGCAGUGCAGAUGCUGGGGAAGAGCUUCAAGAUGAUGCCUGUUAUGAUCUGGGGCAUGAUCAUCUCUGGAAAGUCCUACAGUGUGCGGGACUGGGUCGUGGCCCUUUCCGUCACGCUGGGCUGCACAGAGUUCCUGAUGACAGGUCGAAGGGAAGCUGCUGAAAUUUUCCAGGAUGCCAGGCUGGUUGAGAAGCUGCUUUGCACGAAGCUGGCCUUCAAGUACCCAGUUGUAGGGCAAGUUAUCAAGUUGACGCGGAGUCCAGCAAAUCUCCCAACCUGCAACUGGUUCAUGAAGCUGGUGACCUCGGAUCUCCCAACUUACAACUUGUUCAUGAAGAUGAUGGUGACCUCGGAAUCGGCUGGCUUCACAGAUCUCUCGUCGGCACCCACAACUCCAAUGAGACUUCCCCUGACCUCCGAGAAUGUGAUUUGCCUCAUGCAUCUGGCUGCCUUACAUGUCCCAACCCACGGGGGCUCGAUCGUCCUGCUGGCUGAAAUGACGGUGAGCUCGGUGAAAGCUGGGUUUCUCAUAGCAGCUCCAGGUACCCGAGGUCCACGGCCGCAGGCGCGAUGGACCGGACGACCGGCGCAGCUUCAGUUGGCCUCCCCUUCCACGGGCGGCCAACUGAUCGCGAUCUGCUGGCGGCCUUCGCUCGGCCGCUCCAAGGCCGCCAGCUGCGCCAGCUGCGCCAACUGUGCCAGCUGCGCCAGCGACCUGUCAGGCUGGGGCAGUCUCUUCGCCCGGACUUUGCGAGACCUGCUGGGUCUGCGAUGGUGGAAGCUCACAGAAGCUGUGGAACCUGUAAGGCUUCGAGGUCCCCGGGCAGGCCACGUAGCCUUUCUUCCAGGCAAGACGGCACCAAGAACCAUCGUGACCAUGCCGAGCGGCUGGCAGGCUGCAGCACUAGCAUCAGCCGGCAUUUCGAGCUCUGAGGAUGCUUCACUGUGCAACCAGACCCUUCAAUGGCAGGAUCUGUGUUCCUUGGCAAAUGUCGGCCAAAACACCGUGAAGAUCAGGUCCUGGAAAGCUCAGCCCGGUGUGCAACCACGGCUGACCAUCUCAGUCUUGCGGGCUCCGGGAAGGGAGCUGACGUCAUGUGGUAGGAGCCAUUUCUUCACAACGAAGCUUUGGAAGGUCACCAGCCAGAGGCCUUCACCUCACAGAGCGGCCAUUGGGGCCUUUGGGCUGCGUCCUUACUUUCCUCCUCUAUGUCUCCGGACUCUUCGAGGCCUGGGCUCUCGAUGCCGUUCCCUUCUUGGGCCAGUGGAUGCGCAGAGCUCUUGUCCUCUCGAGGCAGCGGCUCCGGGCGCUCCGAAGGCGGAGGCAUCCAAGAAGGCUUCCAGAAGUGGGAGACUCGGCUACAUGCGCCUGGCCAAGCAGAACGCUCCCAAACUUUCCUUCCAGAGGACGUUCCGCUGUGUGGUUCAGGCACGUGCGCGGCUCAUCCUCGAGGUAGAGGUCGGGAGCUUCCGAGCUCCCUCGAGGCUCAGUCCGGAGACGGGAACUUUCGGAGGGGCGAUCGCCAAGGUGGAUGCCAACAACAGCUUCAAGGGCUUCGUGUUGCUUGGUGGCUUCCUUGCCCUCGACGGCCUCACGUCCACAUUUCAAGAGAAGCUCUUCAAGGAGCACAAGACCACCAAGUACAACCAGAUGUUGUACAUCAAUCUCCUGUCGGCCACCGUCUCUAUGGUCACGCUCUUGGUGACUGGAGAGAUGUGGCCAGCAGCCGCCUUUGGCUUUGCGCAUCCGCGCUUUUGGCUGGACUGUGGCAUGCUGAGCGCGUCGGCGGUGGCGAGCCAGUUCUUCAUCUACUCGCAGAUUAAGGAGUUUGGUGCCUUGGUCUUUGCGGCGACGAUGAACGUCCGCCAGGUUGUCUCCAUCUUGGUCUCCUACGUCAAGUAUCACAACCCCGUGACGCACUUGCAGGUUCUGGGCUUGUGCGUCAUCUUCUCCGCCCUCUUCUACAAGUCGAUCGCCGCCAUGCUGACGGCACCCAGCAAGGAGGAGAAGAUGCCGAUUCUGGCAGGGAAGGUCUCCCCAACUUCGGCCGUAUGGUGCGCCUUCUAUGGCGCCGGAAUCAUUGGAACAUUGGUGCUCUACGGCAUUCUGCAGGAAGGCAUCAUGACGGUGUCCUAUGACGGCAGCCUCUUCACGUAUUCGGUCUUCCUCGUGCUGUGCAACCGUCUGGCAGCAGUGGUCUUCGCCGUAUGCAUGGCAUUCAUGAAGGGUGAGAGGAUGCAGAAUGAGGCGCCUAUUUGGAAGUACCUUGUCGUCUCCUUGUCGAACGUUUAUGCCAGCUCCUGCCAGUAUGAGGCAGGGAGGCAUGAACUGGUCAGGGGGCAGACAUGUGUCUAUGCGGAGUGGCCGAAGCACCCCGACCAGAGGAUGUUGGGGAAAAGCUUCAAGAUGAUGCCUGUCAUGGUCUGGGGCAUCAUCAUCUCUGGCAAGACCUAUGGAAUGCGGGACUGGUCCGUGGCACUUGCCGUCACCUUGGGCUGCACGGAGUUCCUGAUGACAGGUCCAACCCACUCGAAGGUGAGUUCGGCCAACAGCUUCAAGGGCUUCAUGCUUCUGGGUGGGUUCCUGGCCCUUGACGGGCUGACCUCAACUUUCCAAGAGAAGCUUUUCAAGGAGCACAAGACGACCAAGUACAAUCAGAUGCUAUACAUCAACCUCCUCUCAGCCACGGUACAGGAGCGGCUCUCUUGCAUCGAUGCACAGCUUUCGUGCCGCAACGAUUGGCUCAAAUCGGAGCCUGCUGGUGGUGCCACCGAGUCCGAUGAUGAGGCACGUGAGGAUGCUGACGAUGCCGUAGAGGUUGAACAGGAUGAAGAGCAGGAGCACCUGGAGUCAUCGCAGUCCGUGCCCCGAUCGACAGCGCCCGAACUGGCAGAGCUGCAGACCCUGGGCAUCGCAGCACGAGAUGAGUCCAAUGAAGGUCUGACAGCCCCGACGAGUGACGAGGUUGCAGGAGAUGCAGCCCUUCCAGUACAUUGGCUUGUGGCUGAUGCCUCCGAAUACUCGCAAUUAUUCGAGCUUUGUCAGGCAAAGGCUGAGAUUGCCAGCGUCUUGCUGCAUGCUUUCAUCCUCUCAGUGGGUUGCCUUGUAGAGUUCCCGUGGACAUCCGCAUCUUCUCAGGAGCUUGUAGUUUUCGCGCUGCGCGAAGACCAGGCCUCACAGGCACAACAUCUCCUACGGCUGCCCAAAGAUCGAUUGCAGGAAGAGCUCGAAAAAUCGUGGCUCGACAGCUCUGAAGCCUACGAGGCAGAGGAUGCCGUGGAAUCCGACCUUGUGUCUGAGCCGUUCCACACCCGAGGCAGCUUCACUCACAUCCGAAUCCGUCCGUCGUUCCUGGAUUCUGAGCUGGCAAAUGUGCGGCCCAACUUAUCCGGGAUGACCUUCAGCCGUGGCCGGAACAUGGAUCCUGUGCAGUUGCAGGCCAUGUCUUGCUUGGCGGCAGGGGAAUCUGUGAUGUUCUGUGCUCCGACGUCAGCUGGGAAAACUGCCGUGGCUGAGUAUGCGCUUGAGACUGCUUUGCGCGCCGGUCGCCGCUCCAUCUACACGACUCCUAUCAAAGCCCUCUCCAACCAGAAGUAUAAGGAGCUGAGUGCCUUAUUUGGCGCCUCGCGUGUGGGAAUACUCACGGGUGACACCACAAUUGCCAGUGAUGCACCGGUGGUCAUCAUGACCAUGGAAAUUCUGCAGGUCAUGCUCUACAGGCAGGCACGCGACCCGUUGCUACUGGAUGACUUCUCUUGUGUCGUGGUGGACGAGGCUCACUUCUUGGGGAAUGAAGGACGAGGUUUUGCAUGGGAGGAGGUCAUGAUCAUGCUGCCAUCUCAUCUUCGAGUUAUUUUGCUUUCUGCCACUGUUCCAAACAGUCGCUGCAUCGCGCAGUGGGUUGCUAACACGCGGGUGGAGGCUGUGAAUGUGGUGGAAACCAAAGAUCGGCCGGUGCCCUUGCGCCAUGAGGUCUACCGCUGCGGACACCCUUCAUUUCGGGGAGGGCGCUGGAAAUCCUUCUUUUCGGCAUUGCACGAUUCAGGCAGGGUGAAUCGCGGAAGCAUCCGCACGGCUGUCUAUCAGCGGCGGACGCUGCUCCAAGAAGCCUCGGCAUGGCGAUGCCCCGAGCAUCUGAUCCCGAAGUUUAUUGGUCGGAAGGGCCAACAUCUCCGAGCACUGGAAGCUGGCCGAGCGAAGAUAACCCUCGUGGAUGGCCAGAUUUGUGUGAGCAAUGGCACUAGCCGCCGUGCUGAAUGGGGCGUGAGAGACGACAUUGAGAGCUGGCUUCUGGAGCAGGGCGUGCCGGAGCAGUAUGCGAAGCCGCCGAGGGACUUGACCGGAGAUCCGCAUGAGAUGCGCGUGGAGGACUUGGAUCGGCUUCUUGGCCUGCUCUGGUCACGCAGGCAGCUACCCUGUAUUGGAUUCUGCUUCGAUCGCCUAAUGUGCGAGCGAGUCGCCCUGCUUCUGACAGGAGCCAAGCGCCUGGACUUCGCAACCCGCGCCAGCCGACAAGCCAUCAAGCAACGUCUGGACGCAGGCUUGGCCUCGCUGGAGGAGGGCGACCAGCGCCUGGCCCAAGUUCGGCACUCGCGCGAGCUCUUGCUGCGGGGCAUCGGGGUGCACCACAGCGGCAUGCUGCCCAUCCUCCGGGAGUUGGUGGAGCUUCUCUUUGCUGAGGACCGCUCGGGUUGCUAG